GAUUUGGCCGCUGCCCAGGUGCCCGCCUCCUUGGAGAGGUGGCAAGACAGGUGCCUGGGUCCUGUUCGCAGGCGGGAGGAGACUCCUUCAAGCAGCUGCUGUCCCUGCCUUCCCCCUCCAGGAGAACCGGGUUCGGCUGCCAUGGCCGUGUGGGUCCUUCUGCUGCUGGUGGUCUCAGAUCAAGGUAGGGGGCUGGUGGGGGGCUGCAGAAGGACUGGGACCUGGGGCAGCAGCAGCAGCAUGGGCAGUGCCAGAUUCACAUCUAAGCUCAACAAGCCCUAGCUUAGGGCCCCACUCUCUUGGGGGCCCCAACGUUUUUUAAAGGGAAACAAAACUGGAUGUACAUUUCCAAAAUAUAAGAUAAAAACCAAAUAAAACAAAACCUACAUCCAGCAACAGUGUUUUGUGUUGUGUUGGCUCCUCGGAUGUAAGUCAUGGGCCCCGCCUGCUCCCUCAAAUAUCCCUGCUUUGCUCCUUUCUAUAUAUGGGGUGCCGACAUUCUGCAUGGACUGGUUGCAGGGCAACAUGCGCAAAUGGCUUGAGAUACCUCUGAGGUCCAUCAAUGACCAUCUAGCAUAUAUUCAACACAAACAAAUUUACAAUUUACGUAUAUCCAGCACUGCCCUUGGGGGUUCCCCAGCUGGUUCCCCCCACCCCAUUCCUCUGCGUCCAACCGGUUUGUGACAAUGGAGAACGGCUGCCCCAUCGAGUUCCCAGCCCGUUUCUGUUGCGGUCUGAUACACAACUCCCGGCCUCGCUGCCUGUCUUUGCCCCGUCCCUCUGGCAGAGAAGCAGGAUGUGGGGAAGUAACCAAACAGACUGUGCCCACGAAGGUGGGGCAGCGCCACAAUCUGAUUCUGCCAGGUGUGUCGAUUAUUUGUGCCAUGCAGGUGGAGGAACAGCCCUCCUCUUGUCUGGCAGGGAAAGGCAAGGCUGGUUGUAGCGGGCAGCCCUCGAGAGCCUCGGCCAAUAUUUGCACCCGUUCCACCUUGAUGGGCGUCAGAGCCACACGGGCACCGUGCCAGGCAGAGUGUAUUUUCGUUUCCCUUUCUUUCUGUCUUACUGUACUCAAGGCGUAUCACUGCCACGCUGCCUGCCUCUCUAACAUAAGAGAACCCCCAGUUUUGGAGGCAGUCUACCAGGGCCAGAUUUAGGCUCGGUUGGAGUGUCCAGCUGCAUCUCUUCUUAAAAAAAAUAAAGCAAGAUUCUAGUCCUCAUGAUUCUGAAAGCUGUCUGGCCAUUGGUCCCCCUAGCCCCAUACUGUCUGCACAGACUGGCAGCGGCUGUCCGGAGUCCCAGGCAGGAGUCUCCCCCCGCCUACCCGUAGAUCCCUCUGGGGAUUGAACAAUGGGACCUUUUGUCUUCUAGGUGAGAUGCUCUCCUACUGAGCCUUCAGAAAACCAGAGGUAGACUAGCUUGGGCCAUGGAGGUUCCAUCGGGCCACCUUUAGCAUUUCAGGGGGCUCUGCUGGAUGACCCUUUGGGGUCCCAACGGUACACUGCGACGAUUCACCCUCCAGUCUCUGCUUCUCAAUUUGUAUCGUAUUAUUUUAUGCACUGUGGCUUGCAGUGGUUUUAUUGAUUGUAGUUUAGAAAUUAUUUAUUGUAAUUGUUAAGAGUGUAUUUCUGUUUAAUUUUUAUAUGCUGAUAUUAUUAUUCUUAUACUAUUCUAAUGAUUUCUGAAUGUUACUUUAUUUGAUGCAGGUUGCUUAUUUUAAAGCUAUGUUUUAUUCUCAUGUUUUUGUAUUGCAUUUGAUGGUUAUAAGACAUCCAUUCUUUGUUUCUUCAGCUUGCAAACUGCCUUGGGUACAGUAAGACAGAAAGAUGGUAUACAAAUUAAAAGUGAUGAUGAUGAUGAUUCCUUGAGCCGUGGAGGUUUGCUCCUUUCUGACUUUCCUUCCCCUCCCGUUGCAGUUGUCUCAGCCAGCACACAGGCCACUCACAGCUCUUCAGCAGCAAGCCCCCCGGCCAUCUCUGAACACCUAAGUACACCCAGUUCCGGGGCGGAGGAAACCUAUGCACCCCACAGCGAGAUCAGCCCCACGGCAUCAGAAGCACCCACAGAAGAGACCGCCUCUGCCAACCACACGACUCACCCGGGCUCCUCGCCUCCUCCCAGGCCCACCAACAGCACCACCAGGGAGGGGGGCAACACGACAACCACCGCCCCACUCACAACCCCCCUGGCCAGCUCCAGGGAGCCACUGCUCACCAGCCGAGAGGCCGCAUCCGCCAGCCACAACUCCACCACAGGUGAGAGGCAGGUGAGGGUGCCCUCUGGAUCCUGGCAGCAUCCUGUGCUGUCUCGAGCAGCGAUAUUUUGCCUGUCCAGGAUUGGGGGCUAAUAAUCAUUUUUGUAGGGAAUCGGAUUGCAAGGGGUUGGACUGGAUGACCCUCAGGGUCCCUUCCACAGUUCUCUGAUUCUGUUAGGAUCUUCCUGUAGACAGCUCCUGUAUCUUCCGCAGAAGGCUUUUUUGAAUGAGGAGCGUUCACGAUGGCUUGCAAUAAUAAUAAUAAUAAUAAUAAUAAUAUUUAUACCCCACCCAUCUGGCUGGGUUUCCCCAGCCACUUUGGGUGGCUCCCAACAGAAUAUUAAAAGCACAAUAAAACUUCAAACAUUAGAAACUUCCCUGAUGUCUUCUAAAAGUCAGACAGUUGUUUAUUUCCUUGACAUCUGCUGGGAGGGCAUUCCACAGGGCGGGCGCCACCACUGAGUAGACCCUCUGCCUGGUUCCCUGUCACCUCACUUCUUGCAUUGAGGGAACCACCAGAAGGCCCUCGGGAGAGGGACCCCAGUGUCCGGGGUGGAGAAGCUCCUUCAGGUAUUCUGGAUCAUUUAGGGCUUUCAAGGUCAGCACCAACAACUUGAAUUGUGCUCUGAAACGUCCUGGGAGCCUAUGUAGGUCUUUCAGGACCAGUGUUAUGUGGUCUUGGCAGCCACUUUUUAUCCUGCCUUACAAGCAGAGUAUUAAAGGCACCUAAAAAAGGCAUGUGUGUUUAGUGACGCACAGUGUAUUUGGAGAAAAAACAAAACUCCUUCUCUGAAUACAAAAUAAAACCUGGAACAGACACAGAGUGAGAAGAUGCAAGGAGUCUGACUGCAGCUGGAUCAGGCCCAAGGGGGUCCCAUCUAGUCCAGUGACUCCUCAAAAUGACCCCCCAAAAGAAGCCCCACAAGCAGGAACUGAGUGAAUCUGAGCCACCGGUCACUGCAGAUUAUGUGAUGGGUGCAGAAAUUCGACAAGGUACAACUUUCUUUCCAGCAUGGAGGUGAAGCGAUGACAGGGGUGCACCGGUUGAAUUCCUGCCUGCUCUGUAUGGCUGGGAAGAGCACAGGAAAAGGAGCAGGAAGCAAGGAAGGGGACAUGAACUGAUUGCAGGUCUUCCUUGGUGAUCCCUCGUAGCCGAGUAAGAUUGUUUCCCAUAAACAUGGCCUUAAUAAUGAGUCCGUAAGUGACCAUGGAGGCCAAUUCUGGAUCCCCACGUCCUUCCACAGUGGGGACAUUGGUUUCCAGGCGGGAGUUGAUAACGGUGAGCAUUUGCCAAGUGUGCCUUCCUCUUGGCACAUUUCUCCCUCGCGUCCUGAGUUCGAGUUUCUUCAAAGCCCACGACAUCUUUGGUAAAAGCUGUUCUCCAGCUGGAGCGCUCGCAGGCCAGUGUUUCCCAGUCGUCAGUGUGUAUACUACAUUUUUAAAAAUUUGCCUUGAGAGAGUCUUUAAACCUCUUUUGCUGACCACCAACAUUACACUUUCCAUUUUUAAGUUCGGAAUAGAGGAGUUGCUUUGGAAGAUGAUCAUCAGGCAUCCACACAAUAUGACCAGUCCAACGAGGUUGAUGUUGAAGAAUAUUGCUUCAAUACUGGUGACCACCAGGUGGCACUGUUGCCUCACAAUUCCCCUCUCCUGUUGGAUUUUCUUACUGAUGAUUUCAGAAUUGGAGGGAUCCCGGGGGUCAUCCAGUCCAACCCGCUGCAAUGCAAGAAUCUUUUGCCCAACGUGGGGCUUGAACCCACAACUCUGAGAUUAAGAUGCUCCAGCAACUGAGCUCAUGAACAGCUAACAAUGCGAUUUGCUGCUGACUCGCUCCUGACAGGUGUGUGUUUGUGUGCAUGCAGAAACUAAUGUACUAUAUGAGGGUAAUUUUUAAAAUAAGUGUUGACUCGCCCGCUUUUGCCUCUGGCCCAGCCCACGACGUGGCCCCUCUGAAGGGAAUGUGGCCCUCGGGCUGCGAAAAGCUUGUUUGCAGGUCAAACAAUCGCAAGCUUCAAAGCCAUGUGUGUCUCCCCGACAGCUGAAGCCGGCGAGGACGCGCCCAUUUCCCAGAAGCCCGGCCUGGUGGCCAUCAUCUGCAUCUUCGUGAUCAUCCUGCUCAUUGGCGCUGUCGUGGUCCUGGUGAAAUGUUACAAGGGGAGGGAGCCGGCCUUCCAGAAGCUGGAUGAGGUCCCCAUGGUGGGUAGAUGCCUGGGAUUUGGGGGGGUGGCUGUGUGGGGAGGGAAAGUCCCCCCCACUUCUGGAGCUGCGGUUAAAACUACGCUUCCCUCCUGGGCUGGGAAGGUUGAAAAACUUUGGCAUCUCAACAGAAUCUCAUUGCAGCUUUAAUUCCCCUCUCUGUUUUCUCUCUUUCUUCCCUGCAGGGCAAAGUCACAGAAGGUUCUCCGUUUGCCCAUUUCCCUCCCAAGUAGCCUGGCUCCCCUUCCACCUCACUCCCCCCGAGGGCCUGCCGAAAGAAGGGCCGCAUCCUGCUGUCACUUAGCAUGUGCAAUAAUAAUAAGAAUAAUAAAAGUUUCCAAAUUUGUCCCCGU